AUGUCUGGGAUGAAAACCUUGCGAAGGUGCAGGAACACCAAGGAAGCUGACAAUGUUGUUCUGAUUGAUGUUGAUUCCGAGCAUUUUGACAAUGUUAUUAUCAUUGAUGUUCCUGAUCCUUUGCCAAAGAAAUGGCGAGGUUCUAGCAUGGUCGGGACAAAGGAAAAAUGGCCAUUAAGGACUGUAAUAUGCAUUGAUGAUGAUGAAAGCACUGACAAGGACCAAAAUGAUGAUCACCGCCAAAAUGUUAGUACAGAAAGCAAGAAUGGGCAGCAUAGGGAGCCCCCAGUUUGUUCUAGUGCUGGCAAUACCAGUCAUGGAAAUGAAGCUCGAUCUCCUUUUAUUAUAGAAGAGGAUGCCCACUUUGAUAGCACUUCUUAUGGUUAUAGUAAGUCUGAUGGUCAUGAGAGAUCACAUUCCGGAUCCAAAGAUCCUCCUUUCAACUGUGCUGAGCAGAAAAAUAGCCAACAUUAUGAGCCAGUUAGUCUCAGCUGUUGGAAUGAGGAAAGUUUGAACCCUCCAGCAUCAUCUUAUUCUCCUUACCAUGGACUGGGAACUGAGCAAGUUGAUCAUCCAACAAUGGCUUUCCAAGAUGAUGAGCGAACUCGGAUGAACUCUUUCCAUGGGAAACCUAGUUUAGUAGAGGAAGGGGCUUCUUUGUGCAAGCGUCAAAAUUCUUAUGAAACUGACAGUGAUGAUGUCAGAUCUUCUCUAACAGACAAAGAGAAGAAGCUUCAGGAGACAUUUAAUGGUAAUAUUAAGGAGAAGGAGCAUCUGAAGCCUUGUGAACCAUGUGCAACUAGCAAUAUUGUUAACAAAGAGAAUUUAAUUGAUAAUGAAGCACAAUUGAAACAUGACAAUUCUUCAGUUGAGGCAGUGGAAAAUCUUGUUGAUACUGUGUCAAAAAGUAUGCAAGAGGAUGAAGAUGAUCAAAAACAUAUUCAGAGUGGAGGUACUGAACACGGUGUUGGGAAUUGUGUCUUUAUUGAACGUGAAAAGCUCAAGGAAACAGAUGAAUACAAAAGAGCACUAGAGCAAGAGUUGGCUUCUCGACAACAAGCAUUAAAAAUUCAGGCUGAAGAAGCACAAUGCUUGCGGCAGUUGCGGAGGAGAAAAAAAGCUGAAAGCACACGUUUACAGGACAUGGCCAAAAGACAAAAGAAGCGUGUGGAGGAAGUACGAGAGUCUCAAAAGAAGGAUGAGGAAAAUCUCAACUUGAAGGAGGUAAUACGCUCCCAGGUCAGGAAGGAGCUCAAGAAACUGGAAAUGACGUGCUGCAAUAUGGCUUCGCUGUUGCAUUCCCUGGGAAUCCAAGUGGGUAGUUGGCCUUGUCCAUCACCAAAUGAGGUACAGGCGGCUUACAAACGAGCAUUGCUGAAGUUUCACCCAGAUCGAGCUCCGCAAUGUAACAUUCGUCAACAGGUUGAAGCUGAGGAGAAAUUUAAGCUUAUAAAUCGUCUCAAGGAGGUGCUUCUACCAUCUUGA